AUGCAUAACCCUACAAUGUUAUUUUUUCAGGUGCUUUUUCUUCGCUCAUCCGAUCCCAAGAAAAAACCAGAUUUAAACCAAAUAUGGACGACCAUUUUGGAGUCUAGAGCUAAAGGUCUGGAAUCUGACCAUGCGUAUAGUAUUCUGGAUGCACGACAAGUCAAAGUUAAUCAACGUCUUGUAAAAUUAAGAAAUCCAUGGGGUGAGAAAGAAUGGAAAGGAGAUUGGAAUGAUAAUUGUCCAGAGUGGCCGAAAACAUCGAAAAAAAGAUUAAACACAUCAUCAACUAAUGAUGGCGUAUUCUGGAUGCCUUGGGAGCAAAUGCCAUCAUUCUUCAGUAGUGUGACCAUUUGCAAAAUAAAUGCUAAUUGGCACGAGGCUCGUAAACGAGGACAAUUUUGUGAUUUUUCAUCGACGAUAACAUCGGUGUAUAGUUUAGAAGUACCAUACGGAGCCGAAUUAGAAAUUGAAGUGUUUAAUUCCGGUGAUGGGGACUAUUACAGUCGUUUAAAAGAUCCCGAUGUAGACUUAUUUUUGAUAUUACUUAACUCAAAAGGAUAUUGUAAAGGUUAUAAACAUGAUGUUGACUAUUACAUAACAUUAUCAACACAAGUUUCAUCAGGCAAAUACACCAUUAUAGUUGGAAGUAUGUCUGUUGUCAAUUAUCUUGUAUGUCCAUCAUUUAAUUUGGUUGUGCAUGGAAGUCGACCAUUUGAUGUAUACGAUCAACCAUCAACCAAUGAAAUUCUAGCUGAUGCAUUUCAAACUGUGGCAUUGAAAACAACUAAUCGACAAGAUAUGGGUGGUGGUGUAUCAAUUUUAACAUUUGAUGAUAAUGGAAAUUUUGGUCUCAUGUGUGAGAAUAAAUCAUCACAGACUGUUCGUUUGACUAGUGAUUUUCAAGGAUCAAAAAAUGUUCUAUCAUCUCGUCAUGCAUUUCGAAUGACAGAUACCAUUCAACCUCAAACACAACAAAUUAUUGUUAUAUUUACAAGAAAAAUUUUUAGUAACGACGUUCAUAUAGCUUAUCAGGCUUCUGGAGAAUUAUUGGAUCCUGAAGAAUAUUCUUAUUCAAAAAAUUCACCGACUAUACCUAUCCAAGCAUCGGGUUUACAUCGUUUGAGACAAGUACGUUGA